AAUACAAAAUCAGAAAUCAGAGUUACUGAACCGGCGCUCGUCGUUUUUUCGCUCUCUGUUUUCUUCAUUCUCUGCAAAUUUUUGCACUCUCUGAUCCCAAUCUUCCAUCGAUAAUGGCGAGAUUGUCUCAGCCGUACUCAAUGGACGCUUCCCUUAACCCGUCAUUCUCGCUACCUCCGGGUCACAGCGGCAGAGGAGCCGGAAAAAACCCGGCGAUAGAGUCGGUCGAGCAGCUAAUACAAGACAUUUCUAACCCCGCGCUAAGGGAGAACGCACUGCUCCAACUAUCCAAGAGAAGAGAGAUAUUUCAAGAUCUAGCUCCAUUAUUGUGGAAUUCUUUUGGCACAAUUGGAAAACUUUUGGAGGAAAUAGUUUCGAUAUACCGAUAUCUUUCACCACCUGUUCUAGAAACAGCUUCAGCGGUUCGUGUUUGCAACGUGCUUGCUCUUUUUCAGUGUGUAGCCUCUCAUUCAGAAACAAGAAUUCCUUUCCUUCAAGCACAUAUUCCUUUAUAUUUAUACCCUUUUUUGAAUAUUACAAACAAGGACAAGCCUUACGAAUUUCUUAGAUUGACUAGCUUGGGUGUGAUUGGAGCUCUUGUAAAGGCUGAUGACACUGACGUUAUCUGCUAUCUUCUUCAUACAGAAAUAGUUCCUUUGUGUCUACGCAGCAUGGAAAAUGGAGGCGAAAUAUCACAAACAGUGGCAAUCUUCAUUGUGCAAAAAAUUGUAUUGGAUGAUGUUGGGCUUUAUUAUGUUUGUUCAGUUGCGGAUCGUUUCUCUUGUGUUACUCGCAUGCUUGGAACGGUGGUUGAUUCACUUGCUGGCCAACCUUCGUUGAGGCUGCUGAAGCACAUUAUCCGUUGUUUUCUGAGAUUCUCAGAAAAUCACGGAUACUACUAUGCCCGUAGCGCUUUGCCAAGAUUGAUACCUAAGAAGUUGAUGGAUGGAACUUUCGAAAAUGUACUUCGUAAUGAUGAAGUGGGCAGACUUUGGCUUCAACAGCUACUUUUCAAUGUGUAUGGAGAAAGAAGCGUAAGCGGUCAACAUGGAGCUUUUGUUCAAUAAUUGGAGGUUAACAAAUUACUGUUUAUUACUGCAGAUUUAUUUAUUUUUUUGUUUAUAAUUCAUAAGUUAUGCCGUUCUGAUUUGAGUUCGUUUGGCGGUCACUGCCAUAUAAAAUAAAGUUAUAGUAUUGUUCAGUAACCGUUUUAUACUGAAAGACUGCAAUAGUGGACCAUAGAAUCAUAUUCUUAAUGUAUUGUU